AUGGCGGCAACACCCCUCGACGACCUUGCGCAAGCGCUGUCAACUUCCCUGGCCGAGGCAAACCUUGUGCCUGGUUCUGCAGAGGCACUCAUCCCCGGGGACUUUAAGCCGGCCACUCGACUGGGCAUCUCAUUCGGCGGACGGGAUGUCGAGUUGGGUAAUCUGUUUCGAGUCAACGAGGUCAAGCUGGCUCCCUUUGUCUCGUUUGAUGCCGAGGCUGGGGAUUCAUCGGGAGACGCAUCUUAUAUGCUGCUCCUUGUCGAUCCCGAUGCACCCACGCCAGAUGACCCCAAGUUUGCCUUUUGGCGCCAUUGGGUUCUGCCAGGAUUGAAGCCAUUGGCCCAGGCGGACGGCGUUGUCGCCCAGACGAAGCAGCCUCUCACAGAGUAUCUCGCCCCGGGACCCAAGGAUGAUUCUCAACCACACCGGUAUCUGUUCUUGCUCUUCCGCGAGCCCCACGGCUUGGUUCUCACGAAAGAGGAUGUUGGAGGCGAGGAAUUUGUACAAAGACGCUCAUUCGAUCCAGUCACGUUUGUCAAGAAGCAUCAGCUACAGCUGGUCGGUCUGAACUGGAUGAGGGGUGCUGGUGAUGGUUGGAAGGAAUAA